UCCGUGUACAGUUGUCGCCUGCAUCACAGGUGUCAACAAAACAGGCUGCGACCAAAAAUAUUAAAGUCACAUAUCUAUUAAAAUAGACUUACACUUAAAUAUAUAUAUUAAACUCGGAAUGAGGGCUUUAGCUCAGGAUGAGCUAACAGGCUGAAGACAAUGGAGUAACGUUAAUAACGGGAGCCUGUUCAUUUAGUUAUACAGUGUCGGCUGAAGGAGUCCGAAGCCAGCCGCUGCCGUGGAGCACAUUUCUGCACAUUCAUGCAGGUUUAGGCUGCGGAGCCGCUGUUAGGAGCCAUGUUCGUGCAAGAAGAGAAGAUAUUCGCAGGGAAAGUGCUGAAGAUCCACAUCUGCAGCAUGGAGGGCGCGGAGUGGCUGGAGGAAGUGACCGAAGACACCACCAUAGAGAAGCUCAAGGAGAAAUGCUUGAAGCAUUGUACCCACGGGAGUUUAGAAGAUCCUAAAACACUCACACACCACAAACUCAUUCAUGCAGCUAGUGAGAGGAUUCUCACGGAAACCAAAACUGUUGCAGAUGAAAACCUUAAAGAUAAAGAUUGUCUGUUAUUGAUAAAGAAGAGGCCACAGCCAGCACGUGCAAAAAUGGCGGACAUAGCUGCUGAAGAGAAGAAGAAGCAGGAGACCAAGGCUCCUGAUAAGGACGCUAUUCUCAAGGCCACAGCAAAUCUGUCCACUCGCCACUCUGACCGCACCGUCACUCAACAUAACAUCAGAGACUUUCAGACAGAACUGAGGAAGAUUUUAGUGUCACUGAUUGAAGUAGCCCAGAAAAUACUCGCUUUAAACCCAGACGCUGUUGAGCUCUUCAAAAAGGCCAAUGCCAUGCUGGAUGAGGAUGAGGAGGAGCGGGUGGAUGAGACCGCCCUGCAGCAGCUAACGGAGAUGGGUUUCCCAGAGAGCCGUGCUGUCAAGGCACUACGUUUAAACCAUAUGUCUGUGACACAGGCUAUGGAAUGGCUGAUCGAGCAUGUGGAUGACCCCACAGUGGACAUGCCCCUGCCAGGCCAGGAGACUCAAGGAGCAGCUGGUGCAGCAGCGGCAGCAGCUUCUGUGUCUGCAGGCCCCUCUCCCUCUGCCACAGGGGCUUUAGCACGCACCCUCUCCCAGUCCAGCUCUGAGGAGGCCAAGCAGGACGAGCUGACAGAGAUCUUCAAGAGGAUCCGUAGGAAAAGAGAGUUCAGGCCAGACUCACGGGCAGUGAUUGCACUGAUGGAGAUGGGCUUUGAUGAGAAAGAAGUGAUUGAUGCACUUCGUGUCAAUAAUAACCAGCAAGAUGCUGCUUGUGAGUGGUUGCUCGGUGACAGGAAGCCCUCCCCUGAGGAGCUGGAUAAGGGUAUUGACACCAACAGCCCCCUCUUCCAGGCCAUUUUGGAAAACCCUGUGGUACAAUUGGGACUUACUAACCCUAAAACACUACUAGCUUUUGAGGACAUGCUUGAGAAUCCUUUGAACAGCACGCAAUGGAUGAAUGACCCUGAGACUGGUCCCGUUAUGCUCCAAAUCUCCAGAAUCUUCCAGACACUCAACCGCACAUAGAGCACACCUCAUCACCAGAGCUGCUGCAAAGAGGACAAGGUUAUUCAUUUAUAAGGGAAGUGUGAAUGUGUGUGUGUGUGUCUGUAUGUAGAUGUGGGUGUGUGUGUUUGUGUGACUGGUAUGAUUUAUGUUGAAAAGUCGCAGAAAGCAGUGAAUGUAACAGUAACAACAAGAUGAAAUUUUCAGUUUUGAAUAUUAUACAGAGAAAGAUAUCUAUUUAUAACUCAACAGAACACUUGUAAAAAAACAAAUGUAAACAGUAACUUAAGAAAAACUAAAAGCUAGCUUCGUUAUUUUGUUUUUUACAUUUUAAUAAGAUCUGUUUUUAAUUAUAUUAAGUACAUAUUUUAUUUUAUAUACUUUGUCCUUAUGUAAAUGAACAUCGGGCAUCCAGAAAAAAUAUAUGUUUACACUUCAAGAAACACUUUUGUAUGUACCAUGACGUUCAAAUAUCAAUCUAACAAAGUUAUUAGUCUCUACAAAUGGUUACAUCUCAUCAAAGUGAAUGUUCCUGGUAAGAGAUGAAUAACCUAUAUCAGCUUUAUGUUUGUUUAGAGAACAGUACGUGAAACUACAGUUCUUUUUUCCUGCUGUAAAGUCUACUUUCCUGUGGGAAAUGCAAGCAUCAUUCAUUAGUACUUCAUUGGAAGACCAUAACAACUACAUUAUCUGAGAGCAUCACAAACAUUAUACAAUCCUUAUAUUGUGGUGUGCCAUCAGAAAUAAUGCAAUGGCUAUUUUCAGUCUUUUAGUAUGUAGGUGGUAGGCAUUUGUGAAUUUGCCAUGUACAGCUUAUGGCCUAUUCUGGUGCUCUUUGAGGAUGCUUUCUCCUAGUGUCAAGUGUCAUGAGUUUUGCGAUGGAUCUGGAAGAAUUGAUCGAUUCUUGCUCUGCCAACAAACACAUUCUUUCGUAGCAACUGUUCACAGACUGUUGUUAGAAGUCUUAGUGAUCUUAAUUUGAAAUUGUAACUUUACUGGUGCUUUUAGAGGUGUAACAAUUCACAAAAUUGGUUAUUUGGUUUACAGUGGUGUCUCGAUUCGCUACAUUUUUCAGUAUAGAAAGAAUAAGUAGCGGCUGAAAAUAUGCCUUACGUUAACACGCGAAUGUUUCCAUGUUCAAUUUAUAAGAGCAUUUAACAUUAUAGAAGUAGAGUAUUUGAAACAAAAGGUUGUAUAGAGUUCAAAUCUAAUGUUCUAGCCACAACCUAAUAUGUUAGCCCCAGCUAACACACUUUAAAUUUACUAGUAAUCGUGACUAACACAAGCUAGCAUGCUAGUAUGUUAGCCUUAAGCUAACACACUUAAAAAUAACUAGUAAUCGUAAUUAACACAAGCCAGCAUGCUAGUCAUAAUACAAUGAUACGAUACAGUAUGAUAAGCUGCGAUACAGUUUGCUGUAAUACGUGUGUUGUAUUGUUACAUCCGUGAUUGCUACAUAAUGUUGAAUUUCUAGUUUAAAAUGCUACCCUGCUGCUAUAUUGUUGUAGCUGUUCAAGACUAGGUAGUUUGUAAAUGACAAUGACAAGAAUUUGCCAUCAUGCUGAUGUUAGUUUGUGCACAUACAAGAUGAAUAAGAUUUUAAAUCAACGUGCUCUAACUGCAGAUUACAGAUCUCCAGCCCAGCAUCAGUUUCUACAAAAGAAUGCUUUUUUGGGUGGAGCAUGACAGUUACAUUAUCACUAUAAACACUGUUCAAACCAAAUAUGGUUAGGAUUUGUGAGCGGAGCAUGGAUGGGUCUGUUCUCCCGUGAAAGGUUGUUGGUUGUGUACACCAUAUGCAAAGAAAGAAGACAGUUUGUAACGUAUCUGUAGAUGUUUGAUUUACUAAAAGAAAAUAACUGACUUGUAUUUGAAACAUGCUCCCAUUCUCCAGCUGGGUGAUAGCUUUGCAGUGUCUUUAGCUGUCCAGAUAAUAGUAUUGCCUGGAACUUGAGGCCAGCUUUCUCCUUUACUGUCCUCAGUCCCUUCUUAAAGAUGCAUUUGCUUCCAUUUUCGGUAUCAUUGUAGCCAUACAUAACAGAACACUCUUGUGUGGGUACAGUAUGCCCAGACUGAACAUGGAUCUCAUAGUCUCUGGAUCAGCAUCCUUUAAACAAAAUAUUUUAUUUUUUGAUUUGUUUUGGUGCAAAUUCAUUUUUUCAUUCCUGUGAACAUUUUUACACAGUUGUGGCUUUUUUAAAUUGGUUUUGCUACAUUCAUUUCCUGUUUCUUGAUGCAGGUAUAAAGGUCUAUCAUGAGAAGUAUAAAUUAUUUGUGCUAUGAAUGUCAUGUCUUAUUUUGCUUCUUUAAAUAGAUUGCACAGAAAAAUCAUAUCACAAUCUUGCUACAAUAAAUUCUCUAGAACAGUCUGGCUGUAAUGCUAUGCAAUGCAGAGUUCAAUAUUUUCAAUAUUAGUAGGCACUUUGCAAAGUAGAUUUGUUUGUGCUGGUAAAGUAUGGUUGUUUAAUUUGAACUUCCCUUUAAAUUCUGCCAUGACAUUGUAUGAUGAAUGAAAUCCACAUAGCCACACAUGUCCAAUAGUAGAGUGUAGAUGAGAUUUUGGAGCAGAGCUUAAUAGAAAUGGAAAUGGUUGCAUCUAUGGUGGUGUUGACUUUGGAAAGUUACUCUUUUAUCAGAACUCUUACCUUGGAACUAUUAUACCAAAGUAAUUGUGACUUUUUCUCUAUUUGGGUGUGAUGUGUGCGUGUGUUUAAAAAAAAAAAAA